AUGACUGAUGAAAAGAGACUGGAAGAUUUAAGAUCCAAAAUAAUGGAGUCUAUAGGAAAAACAGACGAGGAUGUUGCGUCGGUCAAGAAUAAAAGACUCAACUCAGGUAGCACAGCUGUAGAUACGCAAUCUAAGAGACAAAAGAAUGAUGGCAAUCUUCCGACAGCGCCGAAAAGUAGAGAUACUUCAUAUUCUCGUAUCAGAGGGUCAUCAUCAUCGACUAUUUUGAGCGCGAACCGAUCAACUUAUGAACAAACAAGGGCAGGUCCUUAUCAUCAAGGUCAUCGAGAUAUACCGGGAAGACCAUACAAUAGAGAAAACAGGUAUAAUAGUCAUUCUACUGGUUCUCAAUGGAACGAAAACUUGUACAACAGGCAAAGAGAUGAAAGAAGAGGAAGGAAUGAAAGAUUAGAUAGAAGGGGCAGGAAUGAAACCGGAAACUACGGCCGUUUCAAUCACCAGAGAAAAAACGUGGGUCCUAAAUUCAAUGGUAACCGUGGUGAAAGGCCGAUUCAAACCCAUAGAAAUGAUAUGAAUUAUAAUGCUCAAAAUGUCAUCUACCCAGGUUCAUCAUUUGACUCUCCGGCUUACUAUAACAUGGCCUCCUCCAGGGCAAACUCAAUGCUUGUCAUUUCGAGCCUGUCUAAUAGUAUAGAUCCCAAAAUGGUAGCAAACCUGAAAAACCUGCUAGAAAGUUUUGUUUUAGGCCUUAAGGAGACGGAGAAUAACGCAAAGGACUUUGAAAUUGUAAACUUUUUUGGUGGUGAAGAAAAAUUUGAUCACAUUAUUGUCGAGUUCAGUUCUCAAAUUUGUAGUACAAUGGUUUUGGCCUGUCGAUCAUUCUUUAAUAGAAAACUUUCAACUAUCGAUUUAAAUUGGACAAGACCUAAUGAUUAUAUCCAACAACUUGAUCAUUUGGUUGGUUAUUGCAGAGGUACGGUAAUUGCUUUAGAAGACUUGGAAAAUGUGAAUGAAGGUGAAGAAGAUAAAAUGAAAGAAAUUCUUAGGUCAUUUAACGUGACAAACGGUAUUACCAAACCACUUUAUUACAAAAGUUCAUCCAGUGCAAAUGGCGCUGAGAAAGGUCCUGAAUUUACUAAAUGUGCUUUAUUACUGUUUGAAGUGCUCACUGAGGAUGUCCUUGAUAAAUUGAAGCAAUACAAGUGGUUUAAACCAAAUGAUGGUAAGACAUCACAAGUUACUUCGUGGAUUACUUUUCAAAGCCUACCAAAUCUUGUUACCCAAUCCGUUCGUGUUGAAUCAAAAGUUCUCUUGCUUUUAAAUUGUCUUGACCCAUUGGAUUUAAAGGAUGAGACUUUUAUUACAGAAAUUAAAGAAACAUUAAAGUAUAGUAUCACGGGAAUAGACGCAAUAAAAAUAUCCCAACCUGGGGUUGAUUACAGACUCAAUUUUGAAAACCUGGCUUCUGGGGCUGGUAAUAUUUAUAUCAAGUUCAAGACUCUGGAAGCAGCAAAAUACGCGAUGGAAGAGUUACCGGGUACUCAAUUUAAUGAUCGUACUGUUCUAUGCACUUAUAUAGACGAGGAUGACUUCGACAUCAUGGAAGCAGCUCACUAUCAUAAAUGA